AUGACUGCUCCGUCUCCAAGCCUUCUUGGCGUGCCGCCCGAAAUUCUUGAUGAGGUCAUUGACGCCAUCGACUCUCCAGCCGCUCUUCUUUCCCUCUCGUGCUCUACGAAGAAUCUGGCUCGUCUCAUCAUUCCCAACCAUCUUUCCUUCCGCUUCGUACGGGCGCCGUUCUCAGGAGAGAACUCCAUAUGGGAAUACUUCGCAUAUAAGGCCCCCCAAGCUGCCAAAGUCCGAAUUCUAUUCGUCCUCCAAGAGGGACUCCCUCCAUUGACUCCGAUAAUCGGUUACAACGUCUCCAGGCGCAUACCAUCACUCCCAGACAGUGCUAUUCACCACUCGUUUACACGGUCGGACCUGGAGUCUGAUUUAGAACAGGAGAAAUUGAUUGUUUCUGCCGUGCGCAACAUGAAAUGUCUGCGGGAGUUUGCAUGGCACCGCGAAGCGCCGCCUAGCUUACGCGGCAGACAUGGCCUAUGGAGCACUUUGAAGGAGCUUGGGACAGUUCGAAGACUAGAUGUUCUCGAUUGUGCGGAGAGAGGAGAUGGCAUCUUGCAGUCACCUUCGUUCCUCGAUAUGUCUGGAUUGAGGGAAUUCAAAAUGUUCUCCGACGCGUUAGACACUGUGAACCCCAUGCCGGAAGAACCUGACUUGGACCCUCUCAUGCACAUGCUAGUGAAUAAUUGCCCCGAACUCGAGUUGUUGUCUCUUUCAAUACAGACCUACCGCUAUCUAGGAGUCGCAAGCAUCACACACUCUUUACCGUCCUCCUCCUGGCCCAAUCUUCACACUCUCCAGCUCACCAACGGAAUCGGUUGUAGCGCUGCUUGCAUGGCGUCAUUCCUCAAAGCACACCAGGUAUUAGAAGAAGUUGUUAUCGGGCGAAUGCUUCCCGGAUACCAAGGAGGAGAUUUCACCUCACUGUUGCAGUCUGAUGAUGGUGGGAGAGUCCUUCCUCGUCUCAAACGACUUUCUUGUUCCUCCAUGCAAGCGGCUGCGAUUCUACCGCACGUCAAGGGAACCCUGGAAUUUCUCUCAGGCAUAGAAGUCAAUGAAACCGUCGUUCUGUUUGAGUUUUUCGACCCCGACCUCGACCCCGACUGGGAGCCUGAGCACGAGGGCCAAGACGAUGAUAUAUGGGACUGCGCUAUUCUGUCCCCUUGGCGCUCUGCUUUUCUCGACGCCCUAUGUGACUGUCGCUCCCUCAGGAGCAUUUCCGUAGGACACCAUGCCCGGAUCGAAGACAUGUUCUUACUCGCAUCGGCCGUACCGUGGAUUCAGAGAUUUGACUAUCUCGAUUCCACCCAUUCAACAGACAUAAACGUGGAAAAAUGGUGUUCGCUUUAUUUGAAGUUUCCGGAGCUGACCACCCUGGAAGCUCGUAAUCUCGUACACUUCGCCGACCUCGAACAUGUUUACGCCAACAACAAUGCCACUCUUCAAAAGCUCUCACGCGCGAUAAAGAAGCUUCUAGUAGUCAUCUCAUGGGAUAUGAAGGCUGUUAUUAUCAGAGGUACAGAGGAAGAGGGGGUCAAAUGGGUGGUUAGGAAGCUGAACGACACUAACGACUGUUCUCUGAAGGAGGGCGAGAUCGUUUAUGGGCUUUGAGGGCCUACUAUUCAACAGAGUCAAAAAUCCAUCAUACAGAACGCGUUAUGUUUCUAGUACUCGACUUCGUCGCUGUGCUUUAACCGAUAAAUUUCAGUCCCGC